AUGGACAGAGAUCUCUGGAAAGCAAUGCAAAAUUUAAACAUUGGGUCAAAUCUUCAACCUCUUCGUCUCUCGCGAGAUACCCAGCGAAGAAACGCAACAGCGAAUCGACUCAGUCUGGUGGUUAGAGGACUAAACCCGGCGCAUCAAAACCUCACUGGAAUGCGCAACACACUUCCGAAAGCUUGGAGACUUCAUGAUCGUGUACGAGGCCAAAUAAACGAUGACGGUACAAUCCAGUUCUUCUUUACAGAGGAGCACAAUCUCUUAUCUGUAAUAGAUAGAGGUCCUUGGUCCUUUAAAGACUGGAUGGUUAUUAUGGAUCCUUGGUAUAGAAGAGGAAACCCAAACUUCCUUACCACAAUAUCUUUCUGGGUUCAAAUCUACAACAUUCCAAAUGAAUAUCGAAACCAAGAAGUAGUUGAAGAAAUAGGAAGAGAGUUGGGACAUCUGGAAGGUCUUAGAAUAGUGGAGCCUACAAGGGAUAACUUAUCAGAAGUUUGGGUUAGAAUAAGAUUCGAUGCUUACCAGCCGCUUACCUUCACUAGAUACAUCCACUUUGAAGAAGGAAGGGAUCAAGUACUGCUCCGUUUUGAAUACGAAAGGUUAAAGAAGUUCUGCGUGACUUGUGGACGACUAACACAUGAAAGAAUGGAAUGUGGUCAUGUUCUGCCUCAGCCUCAACAACUCAUUGAGCAGAAUGAAGAAGAACAAUUAGGCCAGCAAAUAAAUCCGCAACAACAGGAUCAAGAGCAAGCCUUAGCUGAAGGUGAGCAACUAAUGGUUGAAAAAGAGGAGGCAGAAAGCCCAAUAGAACAAGUUGAUCAUGACGAAGAGGAAAACUUGGAUCAAAUCCAUAUAGCUGAGUAUAUGCAGGAUGUUACCCAACUUCUUCUCAACCAAGGAACUCCAGUAUCUAUCCCAGGCAUCUCUUGCCCUACCACAACCUUCGAGAUAGGCUCAACCUCCGGUGCAGACAGAGGAUCAAAAAGAAAGUUCGAAGACAUCAUCUAUGAAGAUUCUUACCCAGCUAGAAGACAAAGAAUUGAAGAGACUAACGAUGAGGAUGGCUUGGUGGUCGCCAUAAGACCACCACCGGAGCCAUGA